AUGACUAAAGAAGAACUUGAGAAAGGAGAAAAAGGUAUUGGUGAUGGAACAUGCAGUUAUGGACUUUCUAACGGAGAUGACAUAUAUAUGAGUUAUUGGAAUGGUACAAUUAUAGGACCUGGUCAUACCAUUCAUGAAAAUCGUAUUUACAGUUUAAAACUUCAUUGUGAUGAAAAUUAUCCAGACAGUCCACCCACUGUCCAUUUUAUUUCCAGAAUUAAUUUACCAUGUGUUAAUCAACAAACUGGAAAGGUUGAACCUUCUAAAUUAAAUUGUCUUGCUAGUUGGAAAAGAAAUUAUACUCUAGAGACGGUUUUAACAGAACUAAGACGUGAAAUGGCUAAUCCACAUAACAAGAAAUUGCCUCAACCUCCAGAAGGCUCAACUUUCUAA